AUGCGCAUCCGUGCCCAUCCCUUCCACGUUGUCCGUAUCAACAAGAUGUUGUCGUGCGCUGGUGCCGAUAGAUUGCAGACUGGUAUGCGUGGUGCCUUCGGUAAACCCAACGGCUCCGUUGCCCGUGUCAACAUCGGCCAAAUUCUCCUUUCCGUCCGCACCCGUGACGCCCACCGCGCCACUGCCGUCGAGGCCCUCCGCCGUUCCAUGUACAAGUUCCCAGGUCGCCAAAAGAUCAUUGUCUCUAAGAACUGGGGCUUCACCCCUCUACGACGAGAGGAAUAUGUCAGACUCCGACAGGAGGGACGUGUUAAGAUCGAUGGUGCUUACGUGCAAUUCUUGAGAAACAAGGGACCAGUCGAGAAGAACAUGCAGCGAUUCCCAGAGGCUUAUGAGAAUGUUUCCCAGGAGGCAUAG